GCAUUAUCAUAAAGAUUCCCUCCCUAUUCCUUGAACUCUGUGAGGUUUAGUCUUGGGAAAUUAGUAAGUUCGUUCCUUGCCCAUUUGGGAAGCUAGCGUUCUUGGAUUCACUUGUUUUCUCCUCUCAGGGAAUACAACUUUGGCUUCACAGAUUGCCUUAUAGCACUUCAGUCUCCACAUUAACUUCCUCUCACAUGUAUUGUAGUCUUUGCCUUUUUGGCCUUAAGGAGAACAAAUAUUCCUUAGAACAACCAAUGAUUUUGAGUUUUUACAUUGAAAGGAGGACCUUGAAACGAGCAGGGUCAACAAUUUUGUCUAAUAAGAUUGUCGAAUAACAGAGUUCUCAUGAAAUGAAGAGUUUAACCUCACCAAUUCAAAGUGCUAUGCCGUCUCCUCUUUUUCUAUGGAGGUUUAAGGUGUUACUCUUUCUGACGUGGGGCUUUAUUUGUUGUAAGGUUGGAUGGGAUUCUGUCAUGCGAAUGGAUGCAAAUUUGCGAAAUCUUUUUAUAUAUGAGGCAUUUUUGUAUUAUAACCCUCUUCUUCUUGUGACUAUGAUGGUCUGGCUUUGGGGGGUGAACUUGUGGGUUUUUUCACAGUCCAAUGUAAGCUAUGCAAAAGUUUUUGAUCUGGAUCAAAACCAUCUUACUCACAAUGAAAUAUGGAAGUGUAGUAUAUGGAUGACAAUCAUUGUCCCAAGUAGCAUGACUGCUUAUCUCUAUCUGUAUUCUCAUGGAGAAGUAUCAUUGGCUGCUUCACAACCAGUGCUUCUUUACAUCUUUGUUGCAAUAGUGUUGAUCUUUCCCUUCGAUAUUUUCUAUUUGUCAUCUCGUUUCUUCUUCUUAAGGACAAUGUGGCGGAUAGCUUUCCCUCUACAGCCAAUAACAUUUCCUGACUUUUUUGUGGCUGAUAUUUUCACUUCCAUGGCAAAGGUAUUUUCAGAUUUGGAGCGCUCGGUUUGUAGAAUGGUUAACAGACAGGUUGCCACAAUUGCAUGGCUUGAAGCUGAUUCUGUUUGUGGUAGCCAUUCAAGUGCAAUACCGAUGGUACUCAUGCUCCCUUAUCUCUGGCGUCUAUUACAGUGUCUUCGACAGUACAAAGAUACUAAGGAAAGAACAUGCCUUUUUAAUGCAUUGAAAUAUUCAACAGCUUUCCCAGUGAUUUUUCUUUCAGCCCUUAAAUAUCAUGUAUUCCCUGAGAAGUGGACAUCUCUUUAUCGGCCACUUUGGCUUCUCUCGAGUGUUGUUAAUUCUCUCUAUUCAUUCUACUGGGAUAUUACUCGAGAUUGGGAUUUAAGUAACUUUUCUCGCAUAUUCAGGUUCAACAAACCAACUCUGAUUUCCAACCUGUUUUAUGGGAGAAAAUGGGUAAGAAUGAGAUCCAUUUAGUUUCAACGGAUUAGAAGGUCAUGACUGUA